CUCGUGCCGCCACCUAGCGUUACCAUGUGUGGAGUCCGACGUUUGUUCCCGGUCAUGUGACUAAACCCGGAAGUGUUUUUACUGUUACAAUACAGUGAUCAGACAGUCUUCAUUGACUAUAUUUUUUGGGGGAACUUUACCAUAGAAAUGUAGAAAAUCUGUUUGAAGAAAAAAAAAAAAAGAAGUCAUGGUGGUCUGCUUUCUUAUUCACACCGUGUGUCCGGUGAGCGCGCUCUCUGCCGGUGAGAGCCGCAUUCUUUACUCUCGCUUGUUCGGGCCGGAAGAAGACACACAGCUCCAGAGAAGCGCCGAACAACAGCGCCUGACCCAGAAGGAGACCCUCGGGCUCAUAGCCAGGCAGGUGCGCAGUGCUGUGUCUGCAAGCCGGGAGGCGUCAGGCAGAGUGUUCGUGGAGGCUGGGCUCGGUGAAGAGGCCAUGGCUUUGAAUGAUGCUGAAUAUGGCGUGUUAUCUUUGGCUCACAGGGAUCCUUUUGCAGAUCGCUGUGUUGCUCUGUGGCUUGGGGUUCAGGCUCUGGCCUUCACAUUGGUGUGUCAGCCACAUGAGAACCUGCUGCUUGCUGAGGGAUCUCUGCGCAACCUGACGCGUCAUUGCCUGGAGGAACUGCGUCUGCUUGGACCUGGAAGUGAGGUGCUGCUAAAAAGUGACCGGGUGGAUGCAAUGCUUCAGAGGCUUCUUCCCCAUGGGCAGCUCCUGUUCCUUAAUCAUCGUUUUGCAUAUGCCUUGGACAAAGAAUUAUCCAGCUACACAGGCAAAUAAAACAUCUGGAUUUGGCUGCAGGUAUUAAGAAAAUCUUCAGUUUGAAGACCGAAUGAAACUAAGUGACAGUUUUACAUACCAUAGAGCCCAUGGAUGCUCUGCUAGAAGUGUUGCUUGUGUUUGGUUCUACAGUACAUGUUUAAGACAGUAAUAUCAGCAGUAUCAAGGAGAGAGUGUAAAUGAGUAUGGCAAAUUCAUAUCUUAGUCAAAUAUGAUUCAUAACGAGUUCAAAAUAUAAUAAACGUGAUAAUGAACGUU